GCGCGGCCGCGUGACGUGUAUACGCAACCGCGAGUGUCGUGCACGUCUGCUACAUAUGCGGCUGAUACCACGACUUGCACGGUGAAUCUUUCGUGUUAUUUACUGUUGCACCCCUUGUGAUCCAAAUGAUGGUGCGACGUAGUGGACGUUACACAGUUAACUGGCGAGGAUUUAGAGACUUCGUCAGCAAUAAACCUCCCGAUGACGAAAUACAAGAAGAAUCGCAGCCAGAAGAAGAUCUGUCAAAUCAUGAAGUAAUAUUUUUAAAAAGCAUAGUAGAAAGCCCCGAUUUUGCUAGAAAGUAUGGAGCGAUCGAUUCGGAAGAGGACUUAAUCGUUAAGCCAGUCUCCCUGGAUAAUGUAAACAUAAUAAAGUCUCUCAGUGAAUAUCGUGGCAACAACAUACGGACUAUCGAACAAGCUGAACUAGCUAUAUUGUUGUCCCGAGUUCACUUCAAGGCACUGAUUGAUGCUCAUGAUCAAAUUGGGAAAAUUUGGCUUGAGCGUGGUUCUGGGAUUGAUGAGAAAACUUUAAAAGAAGAACAGAAAGACGUAGCUGAAAGCCUAGAUUUAAGUCCAGACCACAACGGAGACAUGCCAGUGGAGACUAUUAAAGUUGUAGGGCUUAGAAAAGUACCUGGGCAACCAUUGGGUUUAACGGUUACAACUGAUGAACAUGGUCAGUUGAUAGUAGCUAGAAUCCUAGCUGGCAGUGCUGCAGCAAAGCAAGCACUGCUCAGUGUAGGGGAUGUGUUGCUAGAGGUGGAUGGAGUACAAAUAAAUACCGAAGACCAGCUAAAGGAAGCUGUUUCUAAGCCAAAUGAUAGAGUAACACUCAAGGUUGGCCCUAACCUUAAAGAAAAGAAUGCUCAAUUAACUAAUAAAUUAAGUUGUUAUAUGAGAGCCUUAUUUGAUUAUGAUCCCUCUGAAGAUACAUUAUUACCUUGUAAGGAGAUUGGAUUAGAAUUUAAGAAAGGUGAUAUUUUACAAGUCUCUGAUAGAAGAGAUCCUAACUGGUGGCAGGCAAGCCAUGUGGAUAAACCUGAUGUAGUAGGUUUAGUUCCAUCGCCUGAGUUAGAAGAGAGGCGAAAAGCUUAUGUACCACCUGAGGCUGAUUUUGUUCACAAAAUUAGUAUAUGUGGAGCUAGAAUAUCUAAGAAGAAAAAGAAGUUCGUCUACGAGUCGCGCUCGAGCGUGCAGCUGGAGGGCGCGGAGCUGGCGCUGUACGAGGAGGUGGCGCGCACGCCGCCCUUCCUGCGCCGCGUGCUGGCGCUCGUGGGCACGCGCGGCGUGGGCCGCCGCACGCUCAAGAACCGCCUCAUACAGGACCAGCCCGACCGCUUCGGGGCCGUCGUGCCGCAUACGUCGCGUCCACCUCGCCCCCUCGAAGAGAAUGGCAUGUCGUAUUGGUUCGUGUCGCGCGAGGAGAUGGAACGCGAUGCCCACGCGGGACGCUUUCUAGAGUACGGCGAACACAAUGGACAUCUCUAUGGAACUCAUUUAGACUCCAUAAGAGCUGUUAUUAAAGAAGGUAAAAUGUGUAUACUGGACUGCGCUCCGCAAUCACUCAAACUUCUACACAACAGCAGCGAGUUUUUACCGUACGUAGUCAUGAUCUCAGCACCGGGCAUCGAACAGUUACGCAAUCUCACAUACGCCUCCAACCGCAACUUAACGUUCGAUCGGCAGAGCUCCAUCCGCUACAGCUCGAGGCGCGCGCGCACGCUGGAGUCGCUCGCGUCACUCUAUGAGGAAGAAGACAUGAAACAGACGCUAGAAGACAGCGCGCGCAUCCAGCGGCAGUACGAGAAGUACAUCGACCUGGUGCUCACCAACAGCAACUCGGACACCACGCACGCGCGCCUCAUGGACGCGCUGCACUCGCUGUCCACCGACCACCAGUGGGUGCCCGUCACCUGGAUCUACUGAGCCACCCGUAGCAACGAAUACGACGUAGUACACUUCUAUGACGCUAAGUAGUUGAUAUUUUCGAAUAUUAGGAGUUGAGCCAAUUGCAUUUAGAACGUUUUGAGCAAAUGUUACAUUGACAGCUUUGAAGAUAAAAUUAUUCUUAUACUUGAUAUUACACUGAUCUAUCACAACAAUAUAUAAUAGAAUAUUAUACCAAUAUCAUUAUGAGAAAUGCACAUAGUGGUCAAUUUAUAAAAUCGCGCUAUUCGACUAUUGUAAAUUCGUGUAAAAUACAACAUCACAAUACGAAUUUAUAUAGACGAUAAAAUUUACUAUAAGCAAAAUUUAGUAAUCACAAAAAAAAGUUACAUUUACAUGAUUCAAUUGCAACAAUGAUCUUUCAACUAAGCACUACCCUUAAAACAAUGUAUCUGUUAUUCAUCACGAAACAAUCACAAAGAACUACUUUAAUAAAUAUGUAAUACACACAUAUAUAUAAAUAUAUAUAUUUACAUUUUUAUUAACAGUUUGUAUACAUUAUAUUUAUUUUUUCAUUGAAAACUAUAUAUUUCAAAUAAUAAAUAAAUUAUUUAAUAAAAUUUUUAUCAUCACAUGGUUGUAUAAAACCUUAUAUCAACUAUUUUAGAUCAAGUAAUCUCAUUAUAUUUUAAGUUUAACUUAGUUUUUACUCGAAUCUUAUCGAGAUAUAAAUAAACCGCAGUCGCAACUGCUUUAACAUAACUGGUAAUAAUCAUUCCAAUAAUUUUAUUUCUUAAUAUACCCUUCCAUAGGAAAAUUGUUACCAUUACAAAUGUAAAUGUUCUCAUAAUCUCUAUACAAAGUAUCUUGAACCACCCGAUUAUAAUCACAAUGUCUUUAAAGUGUUCAAAAUUAAGUCCCACCUGGAUAUAUAAGCUUAUUCCAACUACAGAAGGAAUAAAAAAAAAAUAACCAUAAGAUUGUAUUGAAGCGAGAUUUUAAUUAUCUAUGAUAUUCAUUAUGUAUUUGGCGCUAAAAUGGCGUUUUAAAUGUCGGCGAAGUUGCUAUCGGAUGUUUGGAUAAAUAAAGAUGUAUUAAUUAAGUAUUUUUUGUAGUGCAUAAUAUAUAGCAGCUUUCAGCAAAUCGCAUGGAAUAAGUAAAUGGAAGGUUUAUUUAUAUCAACUCCUUCUUGGAUUGGAAUAGGCUAUAGUUAUCUGUUACUUAAGUAACUAUAGGUAAUGAGUAUUUUAGGUGUGUAAAAAGGUUCUAAGUUUAUGUAAUUGUAGGGCGAUCAUUCGCAAGGAAUGUAAUGCAUUUAAUUAUAAACACACACUUUCACAAACUAUUGAAUAAUUAAAAAGAUGUCUCAGUUAGUUAUUUUUGUAUUUACGAAUUAAGUUGCCACUAGUAAAAUAAGAUUUUGUAUUACAAAGACACAUCACUUAUUAUUUUUUAAAUUAAUCUCUCACUGCAAAUUAUGAAGCUAUGAAAAUAUGGAUAAAUAGUUCGAAUGCUUAUAGUUUUUUUAUUAAUUAACUGCGAUCUGCUAAUGUUAAGAACUUAUAUACCAUAGAUAUUCUUAUUGUAAUAUUAGCUUGAAUUUCAUAAGGAUUUUACAUUCCGUCCAUUUUAUUUUGUUAAUUAGCUGUAAAUUUUAUUGUAUCGAGGAUAUUCAAUAUACAUUAAUAUGUAAGUUUAA